AAUGAGCGAGCAGGGGCAGAGGGAAGGGAAUCCUGCAGUUUCCUGGGCUCUGCAGUAAAAAUGUUAAGUAUCUACUUCAGUCUGUUUAUUUGGAAAGAGAAUUAUAUGCAAAUUUGGGGCCUCUGGGUUGCGUUGCUCUUGGGAGGCGUGGAGCUGGGAUGCUUACACAAGCAAGCUUAGUUCUUUGGGGACUUUUUAAAGAUAAACAGUUGAGAGUCCAUGCCUAGUUCUGUGGGGAAAUGUGAGCAUAUUUGUUUAAUUUGUGUGCAGGGUGGGGGCUAUCCAUAUAGCCUCUACCGCCAAAGACCAGACAAUCUAAGGGCCUAUCUGCAUGGGGAAAUUAUUCCAGAAUAAGGCAGGGUGUGAAUCUAAAGCGCAAGAGCUAUUCUGGAGUAACUCCUCGGGCAGAGUUCCAAAAGAAGAACAUCCAGGUGGGGAACUGUUGCAGAAUAACAAUUCCAGUCAUUUUUCCCAUGUACACAAUUCCUAAGGACCCAAUCCCAAAGUGAGUUCUCCAGUUGUGGCCCCUAGAAACCAAUGGUCUCUCUGCAGCACAAUGGGAUGUCUAUAUGGAGCUCACUGCAGGACUGGCUUAAACAGCCAAAACUCAUGCAAAGGCCUCAGUCCUUCAACGGGAUCUGUGCUGGUGCGUCUAUGUACCUGUGCCAAGUCUCCUGCAGUUCUGGCUGUGCAAGGAUGAAGAGAUAGGGUGCUGAGUAAAAAGCCAGUUGACUAAAAGGUAAUGGUCAGUGAGGAUCUUGCUAGGGCCACAGUUUUUCUUUGCAAUUUUUAGCAUUUACUGUGCAAAAUCCCUAAAGUGCAUUCAUUCCCCUUUUUAUAUUAGUAUUUGUAAGCGUGAGUGUGACAUUGGUGAGACCAUUCUUUUUGUAUCUUCUCUAUAAUUUAGCAGCGUUCAGUUUAGCACAAGCCAGUCCCGCAAGUCCCUCUUUCUAAUCACUUCAUAUGAACUCAUUGCAUGUUCUUUGUACAGCGUAAGCGGCAAAUGGGUGGCUUUCUUCAUCUGUUGUAAAUGACCUCCCCAAAGAGAUUUUGGGACAUGGACCCAGAUUGCCGAAACUGCUCAUCAUCACUCCCAGUGGGGGCCAGAACUGCAGAACAGCUCAGCUAAGCCCCAAAAUAUGUGAGCAGGUUUACAAAAGAGCUUGGGGUUCUUGAAAAUCUGGCUGUAAAUCUCAAUGGGAGCAGCUGAGUCCUGAGCACUCUGGCUCUUAUUCAAGUGCCUAAAUGGGGAGCUGAGCACUGGCAAAUCCAGUCCUGAGCGGCUUUGAAAAUCUGGCCAUGUGAUCCUGAUCUAAUACUUUUAUCAAUAUAAACUGGAUCAUCCUCCUUUACUAGUUCUCUUUUUUUCUGCUAUAAGUAAUUGUUGUGACCCAACCCAAGAGAGAAGGACAAAAACAACUUGUUUUUGCAGAUUGUGUAGAUUCAAAAGGUCAGGCAAUCAAAAGGAAAAGGAAAACACGCUAAUCUCUCCCUUCCCCCAGUCUCCUGAACAAUCUGUAUUGCUACCUCGAGACUAGCCCUGAGCAACAAUACCUGAGUGAAAUGCAACACCUUUAAGAGACUUAGCUAUGUCAGUUUUCACUUUAGUCCUAACCCUGUGAUCAGACCGUGUUGGGACAAAGGCAGUGUUGAUCUGUUUGUGUGUGUUUAUACGGUAACAAGGUUUGCUUUCUUUUUCCUACCUCCACCAUUCACCCUUUCCUUUCCCCAAGCCCAUUAAGGUUGGUAAGCCAUGUGGGAAGAACGCAAAGAAGAGGCUAGGGCAUUGCUCUUUGACCUUUGCCGGUGACCUGGCUGGGCAGAUGAAUGAUGUUGGUUGAGAAAUGAUAAUCCUACGUCAGAAACAGUUUCAAGUUCUCCAUGUUGCAAGAAUGUGUGCAGCUGUAUGAGAAUACAGGGCUUCCUGGCCCAAGCUAUAACCAAGUUACCACCAUCUGAGGGCUGCUCUGGUAUCCGGGGUGUGAAAUGAAUUGGUGCUGACGCUCCAGUCGGGUCCAUGUCAUAAAACUACCAACUAGACUAGCGGCUACAACUUAGCUGAAAACAACAGGUGUCACUGUCUGCAGCAGCGGAGGAGAACCUGAGAUCAAAUAGUUUAGAGCUGUAACUACUGAUCAAAACUGAAUCCAAUCCAAGAGGAUCCAGCUACAGCCAACCCACGCAGCAUCCUACCUGGACUGAACAGCAGCUGCGAAAGAGAGACGCUGGCCCUGAGAACCGCAGGGGCUGAAAAUGGGAAGAUGCCAGAGUUUCAACUGUAACCACUGUUUCAUCAUGCUGUUCUUCUUCAGCUCUCUGAGCCAUUUGGGCCUUGCCCAGUAUGAGCACUGGCCCUACUCAGGCUACCCUGAGCAGCCCCCUCUGCAAUACCACACCCCCCAGCAGCCAGCUAACGUCCCCAAGAUUCAGUUGCGGCUCACCGGGCAGAAGCGGAAGCACAACGAGGGGCGGGUGGAAGUGUUCUACAAUGGGGAGUGGGGCACGGUGUGCGACGACGACUUCUCCAUGCAUGCCGCUCAUGUGGUGUGCAGGGAGCUGGGCUACAUGGAGGCUGUGUCGUGGGUGUCGAGCUCCAAGUAUGGAAAGGGAGAAGGCAAAAUCUGGAUGGACAAUGUCCACUGUACUGGCAAAGAGGCGACGCUGGCAGCAUGUACCACGAAUGGCUGGGGUGUCACAGACUGCAAACACACCGAAGACGUGGGAGUUGUCUGCAGUGAAAAGAGGAUCCCUGGCUUCAAGUUUGACAAGUCGUUUCUCAACCAAAUAGAGAACAUGAACAUCCAGCUGGAGGACAUAAGGAUCCGAGCCAUUCUUGCUACCUACCGUAGGCGUGUGCCCGUUACAGAGGGUUACGUGGAGGUGAAAGAUGGAGGGAGCUGGAAGCAGGUCUGUGACAAACACUGGACUGCGAAGAAUUCCCGAGUCGUCUGCGGCAUGUUUGGAUUUCCAGGCGAGAGGAAAUACAAUGUCAAGGUCUACAAGAUGUUUGCCAGCAAGAGGAAGCAAAAUUACUGGGCUUACUCCAUGGACUGCACUGGCAACGAAGCUCACAUCUCCAGCUGCAAACUGGGCAACCAUCUCAGCGUGGAUGCCGAGAAGAAUAUCACCUGUGAAAACGGGAUGCCUGCCGUGGUGAGCUGCAUCCCUGGGCGUGCCUUUGCUCCCAGCAGCAACAGUGGCUUCCGAAAAGCCUUCAGGCAGGAGCAGCCGUUGGUCAGGCUGAAAGGCGGGGCCAAGAUUGGAGAAGGCAGAGUGGAAGUGCUGAAGAAUGGGGGAUGGGGAACUAUUUGCGACGAUCAAUGGAACCUGAUUUCAGCGAGUGUGGUCUGCCGAGAGCUGGGUUUCGGGAGUGCCCAGGAGGCUAUAACAGGCGCAAGGCUUGGGCAAGGAAUGGGUCCCAUUCACCUAAAUGAAAUAGACUGUACAGGGUUUGAAAAAUCCAUCACAGACUGCAAGUUCAACACAGAGUCACUCAGUUGUAACCAUGAAGAAGAUGCUGCUGUAAGGUGCAACGUUCCAGCCAUGGGUUUCCAGAAUCAGCUGCGUCUGAGCGGUGGCCGUAACCCCUACGAGGGCCGGGUCGAAGUCCUCAUGCAGCGCAAUGGCACUCUGAAGUGGGGGACUGUCUGCAGCCAGAACUGGAGCACCGUGGAAGCCAUGGUGGUGUGUCGCCAGCUAGGCCUCGGCUUCGCCAGCCACGCCUUUCAGGAAACUUGGUACUGGCACGGAGACGUCAGCGCCAAUGACGUUGUUAUGAGUGGCGUGAAAUGUUCCGGGACGGAGAUGUCCUUGGCGCACUGCCGGCACGACGGGGCCCAGGUGUCGUGCCCCAGAGGCGGCGGCCGCUUUGCCGCAGGAGUUUCCUGCUCAGAAACUGCCCCGGAUCUGGUGCUCAAUGCCGAAGUGGUGGAGCAAACCUCCUACCUGGAGGACCGCCCAAUGUUCUUGCUGCAGUGUGCACUUGAGGAGAACUGUCUGGCCACCUCGGCUGCCAACACAUCCGUGUCCACUGGCUACAGGAGGCUCCUGCGCUUCUCCUCCCAGAUCCACAACAAUGGGCAGGCUGACUUCCGCCCCAAGAACGGCCGCCACGCCUGGAUUUGGCACGACUGUCACAGACAUUAUCACAGCAUGGAGGUUUUCACACACUACGAUCUGCUGAACCUCAAUGGUACCAAGGUGGCCGAAGGACACAAAGCCAGUUUCUGUUUGGAAGAUACUGAAUGUGAAGCAGAUGUGCAGAAACAGUAUGAAUGUGCUAAUUUUGGGGAACAAGGAAUCACAGUGGGAUGCUGGGAUGUCUAUCGUCACGAUAUUGACUGCCAAUGGGUCGACAUUACUGAUAUCCCACCAGGAGAUUACCUCUUCCAGAUCGUCAUUAACCCAAACUACGAAGUGGCAGAAUCUGAUUAUUCAAACAACGUGAUGAAGUGCAAGAGCCGGUAUGAUGGACAGCGCAUCUGGAUGUACAACUGCCAUAUAGGUGACGCCUUAGGCCAAGAAAUGGAACAGAAGUUUGAUCACUUCAGCGGACUCACAAAUAACCAGGUGUCCACGCGGUAGAGCAGCUGGCCUCCCACCCACUAUUUAAGGAAGCAGGGAUGCCUGUUUUGCGACUUCCCUAACCACUGCACAGAAAAAGAAACUAAGUAAACAACUAUGGACUUUAAAUUAGCAUUGUAAGUUAUUCUCAGCGAUACCCUCCAUACCCAUUUCAGGUGCUCAGCACACUAGGAAACAUAACUUGCUUUGUAACUUCACUCCUAAUAUUAAGAUAUUUGGGACCAGACUUUAAUUCCACUAGGCCCCAUGUCCCCGCAUCCAUCCAGGCUGACCUGUUCACUGGAGACUUCCUCCUACCUUGUUCAUCUGCACAGGUCCAGGCUGCAGUGAGCAGAUCGCAGAGGUGGUGGUGGUUUCCUUUGGGUGAGGACAACCUACAUGUGUCCCUACCGUUGACAGUGUUUAAACAUAACUUCCCUCUCAGCUGCCUUGCUCCUGUCUCAGCAUCUUUACGCUUUGAUUUGAGUCUGAACACACACAACUGAUGCGAAAACGGACACUGCUUUUCUAAAGGUACUUAAAUCCAACUCCUCCUCAGUCCUGCCAUGAAAAUACCCAAUUUAGCACAUAGCUAAGAAAAAUUGGAGCACCUUCCUGAGAUCAGGAAGCUGCCAAGUGUAAUUUAAUACUGUAACAAACUUGUUCAUUUCAAAUGCUACACUCACAGUAUGAUCUUUAAAAAGAACAUCUAAAGCAGGGCUGGUCUGCACUGUGUUCUCUACAGUACUUUCUAGAACUCCACACAGCUACAAGUCAAUGAUGCAAUCUAGACCUGGAAAAGUUCCAUUAUUUAGUACACAUCCUUGUGUUGGGAGACUAAACAGCAUUUCUGCUGCACACUAAGCUGUUCACCCAAAUGAUUUUAUGUACAUCUAUUUCCUUCCAACACCUUUUAAGCUAGAUAUUACAUCUGUGCCUUUUCUUUAAAGGAUGAAUAUAGUUUAUCAUCAAUAUACUUUUACAAAGAUAACUUAUUGGCCUUUACUAUCAGGGAUCUGGAUCUUUGCAUUAUGUCAGACCACCUGUGUAAGUGAUUUUUUAAAAGAUUUUACACUUCGGUAAAUGCAUAAUGGUGCUAAGUGUGUUCCUCUGUUUGUUUGAGGAUGCACGUUGCUACAUGUCUUCAGACACACACCUACUUGAAUAAAAAUCUCCUUUGCCCACAAAAGAGUUUUAUAUGCCAUUUUUGUGUAUGUUCAUUGAGUGACCUGGAAGUUUAGUUCUUUCACCCCUCUGCCAUGUAGCUAGGGCAAGGGACUGGGAGUCAGGAUACCUGGGUUCUACUCCCACUCGCUUGCUUUGAGUCAGCAAACCAACUAAAGGGAUUUCAACAAACCUGAGCUCUAGUCAAUUCUUAAAUUACAGCAAAGGCUGGUAUUGCAUCAGCUGAGUGCAAAUUGGAAAAUGACAUAGUUAUACUAACAUCACUGGACUGAAAUGUUUUAUCUUAUUAUACACCUAAAGUGUGAGUGAAGUUGGAUGCGUCCCUUUAACCUCAUUUUUGCUCUCUCUAACCUACCUCACAGGGGUGUUGUGAGGUGUAAGGAAUGCCUGCUAAGUCCUUUUGCUAAUGUCUAUCAGAGGAUCUUCAAGUAUGUAUCUAAUAAAUACUAAGUUAUUCCUCUCUGCCUAGAGCGAUGCAUCCGGCAAAAGUUUUGCACGUACAGUAAUCUGCAAAGCUCCAUUUUGUUCUGAAGAGGAGAGACUUUAGUAAAGGCCUGAGCUCCUGCAGUGGGAGUCUUGCAGCAUUCUCUCAGGAUCAGGGGAGGUCAAGUUCUGGCUCCCCCCCCCCCCAAAUCAGUGCAUAAGAACGCUCCUUGAAAUACUGCACCAUCACAACCUUAAUCAUGCUUGUUACAUACUGUGUAUCCAAAAAAACCUGAUGCUGCCACAUGCAUUUGCUGCUUAUCAGUUUUGUGGUAUAACUUUAUUUUAGCAAACAUCAGCUUUACAAAUUCAGUAAACAUUAAACAGCUAUUGACUC